AUGAUUGACCAAUAUAAACAUCAACAACUUCAAAUUGGACUCGUUUCCCCUCAACAAAUAAAGGCUUGGGCUAACAAAAUACUACCUAAUGGGGAAGUCGUUGGCGAAGUCACAAGGCCCUCUACUUUUCAUUAUAAAACCGAUAAACCAGAAAAAGAUGGAUUGUUUUGCGAAAGAAUCUUUGGACCCAUAAAAAGCAGAAUUUGUGCUUGUGGAAAUUCUCGAGCGAGCGGAGCUGAAAACGAAGACGAAAGAUUUUGCCAAAAAUGCGGAGUAGAGUUUGUUGAUUCUCGGAUACGAAGAUAUCAAAUGGGAUACAUCAAACUCGCAUGUCCCGUGACUCAUGUGUGGUAUUUGAAAGGUCUUCCUAGUUAUAUCGCGAAUCUUUUAGAUAAACCCCUUAAGAAAUUGGAGGGCCUAGUAUAUGGCGAUUUCUCUUUUGCUAGGCCCAGUGCUAAAAAACCAACUUUCUUACGAUUACGAGGUUUAUUCGAAGAUGAAAUUUCAUCCUGUAACCAUAGCAUUUCCCCCUUUUUCUCUACCCCAGGCUUUACAACAUUUCGAAAUCGGGAAAUUGCGACAGGAGCGAGUGCUAUUAGAGAACAAUUAGCAGAUUUGGAUUUGCGAAUUAUUUUAGAGAAUUCCUCGGUCGAAUGGAAGGAGUUAGAAGACGAGGGGUAUAGUGGAGAUGAAUGGGAAGAUAGAAAAAGACGAAUAAGAAAAGUUUUUUUGAUUAGACGCAUGCAAUUGGCGAAACAUUUUAUUCAAACAAAUGUAGAACCAGAAUGGAUGGUUUUGUGCUUAUUACCAGUUCUUCCUCCCGAAUUAAGACCCAUUGUUUAUAGAUCUGGGGAUAAAGUAGUGACUUCGGAUAUUAAUGAACUUUAUAAGAGAGUUAUCCGUCGGAACAACAAUCUUACCUAUCUAUUAAAAAGAAGUGAAUUAGCGCCAGCAGAUUUAGUUAUGUGCCAGGAAAAAUUGGUACAAGAAGCCGUGGAUACACUCCUUGAUAGUGGGUCCCGCGGGCAACCAACGAGGGAUGGUCACAAUAAAGUAUACAAAUCACUUUCAGAUGUAAUUGAAGGUAAAGAGGGGAGGUUUCGCGAGACUCUGCUUGGGAAACGGGUCGAUUACUCGGGGCGUUCUGUCAUUGUUGUGGGUCCUUCACUUUCAUUACAUCAAUGCGGGUUACCUCUAGAGAUAGCAAUAAAGCUUUUUCAGCUAUUUGUAAUUCGCGAUUUAAUCACGAAACGCGCUACUUCUAAUGUUAGGAUUGCUAAAAGGAAAAUUUGGGAAAAAGAACCCAUUGUAUGGGAAAUACUUCAAGAAGUUAUGAGGGGACAUCCUGUACUGUUGAAUAGAGCACCUACCCUGCAUAGAUUAGGCAUACAGGCUUUCCAACCCACUUUAGUAGAGGGGCGUACUAUUUGUUUACACCCAUUAGUGUGUAAGGGUUUCAAUGCGGACUUUGAUGGGGAUCAAAUGGCUGUUCAUCUACCUUUAUCCUUGGAAGCUCAGGCGGAAGCCCGUUUACUUAUGUUUUCUCAUAUGAAUCUCCUAUCUCCCGCUAUUGGAGAUCCUAUUUGCGUACCAACCCAAGACAUGCUUAUCGGACUUUAUGUAUUAACGAUUGGAAACCGUCGAGGUAUUUGUGCAAAUAGAUAUAAUAAUUGCGGAAACUAUCCAAAUCAAAAAGUAAAUUACAAUAAUAAUAAUUCUAAGUAUACGAAAGAUAAAGAAUCCGUUUUUUCUAGUUCCUAUGAUGCACUGGGAGCUUAUAGACAGAAACAAAUCUGUUUAGACAGUCCCUUGUGGCUCCGGUGGAAACUAGAUCAACGCGUCAUUGGGUUAAGAGAAGUUCCGAUUGAAAUUCAAUAUGAAUCUUUGGGGACUUAUCGUGAGAUUUAUGCCCACUAUCUAGUAGUGGGAAAUAGAAAAAAGGAAAUUCGUUCUAUAUACAUUCGAACCACUCUUGGUCAUAUUUCUUUUUAUAGAGAAAUAGAGGAAGCCAUACAAGGAUUUAGUCAGGCCUAUUCAUACACUAUCUAA